UGCUACUUCUCCUCCUCCUUUCUCCUUCCGACUCCGGAUUCCCCUGGAAACCCUAACGGAAACUCCGAUUCGCAGAGCACGCGCGGUGGGGGCCCGAUAAUGUCGGUGGACGCCUCCCCGACCGAUCGCUUCAAGCAAUUCCGGCCGCCCAGCCCCGCCAGCAACGGCAACGGCAACGGCGCCCUCUCGGCGGCCUCCCCAGCGCCGGCCCGGGCGGCCCACCGGCUCCGCCUGAACCCGACCGAUCAUCACGAGCCGGACAGCUACGAGGACCUGCAGAGCCAGCUCGACUUCAGCCCCAUGCUCUUCAGCUCCCUGGAGCGUUACCUGCCUCCCCCGCUCCUGGCCCUCUCCCGCGACGCCAAGGUCGACUACAUGCGCGACAUCCUCCUCCGGUACUCCCCCGAGGGCGAACGCACGCGCGUCCUAAGGCAUCGAGAAUACAGGCAGAAGAUUCUAGCUAACUAUAAGCCUCUUCACAGAGAGCUUUACAGCCUGCACGCCGCAAGUUUCUUUGUGCCCUCGUUUCUGAGGGCGUUGAAGGAAAACACGGAAGAGAGUUUUAGAAGUAUAAUUACUGAACCCUCUCCGGGGAUAUAUGUGUUUGAGAUGCUUCAGUCACGGGCCUGUGAAAUGUUAUUGGACGAGGUAGAGAACUUUGAGAGAUGGGUCCAUGACACAAAUUUCAGGAUCAUGCGGCCUAAUACGAUGAAUAGAUAUGGUGUUGUCCUUGAUGACUUUGGUUUGGAGACCAUGCUUGCUAGAAUGAUGGAUGACUUCGUUCGUCCCAUAGCUAGGGUUUUCUAUCCAGAAGUUGGCGGGUCCACCCUGGAUUCUCAUCAUGGUUUUGUUGUUGAAUAUGGAAUGGAUAGGGAUGUUGAACUUGGUUUCCAUGUAGAUGACUCUGAAGUCACUUUAAAUGUUUGUUUGGGUGAGCAAUUUUCGGGUGGAGAAUUGUUUUGUGGCGUUCGAUGUGAUAAGCAUGUAAACUCAGAGACACAGCAAGAGGAAAGCUUUGACUAUGCCCAUACCCCUGGUCAUGCAGUUCUUCAUCGUGGUCGCCAUCGUCAUGGUGCUAGAGCCACAACAUCCGGACAUCGGGCCAACUUAAUUUUGUGGUGCAGAAGUUCUGUCUUUCGAGAGCUGAAGAAAUAUCAGACAGAUUUCUCUAGCUGGUGUGGGGAGUGCCUACGCACCAAGAGAGUGAGGCAUCAAUCGUCACUUGCCAGCACCAAAUUGGAGUUGAUGAGGAGGGAAAGAAGAGCAGCUUGAGUUAUGGAGCUUGCCACCCCUUGUUGGGAACUUGUAAAUCAACUGUCGCAUUUGUGAAUCCAAAGGAGCAUCAUCCAUGAUAUGGCAAUUAAUCUCAGCCAUCGCUGCCCCUCUGCUGAUUUUGGACUGCUUGGAAGCUGUACAUAAAAAAGUAAUCCAGGUUGAGUACACGAGGGCUUCAAAUGUAUUUUUUGAUGUGUUGCUUGUUCUAGCGAAGGAGGAUGUUCCUUGUUUCACCGUGAUGGUCGUUUUUCUUUGCUAAUUGACAUAUGAUGUCAGAUUCGGAGAUACUGGUUGUACGAUUUUUUUUGGUGAAUACAAGAGGCUAUAUAGCACGAAGGGUAGCCUUAAGAU